GCCUGGUUGGGUGGGCGUGGCCUUUUCCGCUACCUCUAGACGUGCCCUGAGCGUGCCGCCUCCUAGCCUUCGCCCGGGUCCCUUCCUCCCACCCGGACCCCCAUUCCCCUCCAUCGGGAAGACCUCCUGCUUCCCGUCCCUCUUUGGAAGGCGGACUCCGGGAGUCAGGCCUGGUCCAGCCUGUCAAACUGGUCCCCUGUGGGCGUAUCCACUCCAGACCCUCCGCAGGGCCGACACACAGCUGCCCACCGACAGCUCCACACGACUCGUGGCUCUGUUUUGCUUUGCUCUUGCUUUUCACGUAUAGGGUCCAGACGGUGUGAGCCGUGCACAGCUCGCCGUGGUCAGCGAGCACGGUGUCUCGGGGUCCACAUCAGCCCCUGCCUCGACUCAUGGCGCAGGCCAGCCCCUCAGGGUGCCCCCCUUGAGUCAACGUGUCCUAGAGAUAGUGGGGACGGGCAGCCUGGCCCCAGUGCUCUCCCUGGAUCGCUGCAACACAGCCUCCCUGACUGCCCCCUCUCUGUGCUGCAGGGGCACUUUCCGGGGCUCCUCAGCCUGACUCUGGGAGCCUGUGAUAACUCUCUUUGCCUCCCUCUCCAUCAUCUCCCAACAGUUCCCUGCUGUUUCCUGGAAACUUCAUCAGACAACUUGCCUCCAAGCGUUGGUUCACAGGCUUCCUCCUUUUUUUUUUUUUUUUGUCGGGGGAGUUAAUUAGGUUUAUUUAUUUUUUGGAGGAGGUAUUGGGGAUUGAACCCAGAACCUCAUAGCAUGCUAAGCUAUGCUAAGCAUGGGCUCUACCACUUGAACUAUACCCUCCCCCCACAAUCUUCCUUCUGUUCUCAGUUCCAGCUCCUGUGAUCCACCCUCCAUGAAGCUUUCCCCACCUCAGCCUCACACAUCCUCUGUGUGUGUUGUGGCCUCAGCUCCCUGGGCUGUGGCCUGUGGCUGGCACCCUGACCCCUCUUUUCCUGCAGGACCCUUUAGUGGCUCCAAGAAGAAUCUGGGCACAACGAUGCCGUCCCCACUGGGCCCCCCACGCCUGCCCUCUGUUGACCCUGCGGCCACCCUGGAGGAGCCUGAAGCAGCACGCCAGCGCUUCAGGGGCUUCUGCUACCAGGAGGUGGCUGGUCCUAGUGAGGCCCUGGCCCAGCUGCGGGAGCUGUGCCACCAGUGGCUGAGGCCCGAGGUGCACUCCAAGGAGCAGAUGCUGGAGCUGCUGGUUCUGGAGCAGUUCCUGGGUGCGCUGCCACCUGAGAUCCAGGCCUGGGUGCGGGGCCAGCGGCCAAACAGCCCUGAAGAGGCUGCUGCCCUGGUCGAGGGGCUGCAGCAUGACCCUGGGCAGCUGCUGGGCUGGAUUACAGCACAUGUUCUGAAGCAAGGGGAGGUCCCAGCAGCACAGAAGACAGAUGAGUCUGUGGGGAGCAACCCCUCUUCAGGAACAGUGGAGCCUCUUAGGGCAGCCUCUAGGGAGGGGUCAGAGGAUGCCCAUAUGGAGGAGACUUCCCAGCUCAGCUGCAGCGUGAAGGAGGAGCCUGAUGGCUAUGGGCAGGAGAUGGCACUCUCCUGCUCCCCAAAUCCAGCCCAGACCCACGAGGGGUACCCUGAACAACAGGAACUGGCCUCUGCACCCUUUCACCCACCCAGGAUUCAGGAGGAGUGGGGGCUCCUGGACCCCUCACAGAAGGAGCUGUACUGGGACGCCAUGCUGGAGAAGUACGGCACGGUGGUCUCUCUGGCAGGGUUGCCCCGCCCCCGGGCGGAGGUGGAGCGGGAGGCGCUGAGCGCGGGAACAGAGGGCCACAAAAGCCUCCACCUGGGUGGUGAGAGCGAGAGCUCCCGAGCGUCCGAGGCCCCGCCGCCCCUGGGCCCGCGGCCGGCUGCUUGGGAGGGCCCGUCCGCGGCCAUCGCGGGCGCCCCGCCACCGCUAGUGCCGCCACCGCCCACGGGGACCCCGCGGAGCAAGCCAUACACGUGCGCGCAGUGCGGCAGCACCUUCGACUGGAAGUCGGUGUUCGUCAUCCACCGCCGUGCGCACGCAGGCGGCCCGGGCGCCGAGAAGCCGCUCCAGGGGCCACCCCGGCGCGCGCUCACCGGCCCACGGAGCUACGCGUGCGAGGAGUGCGGCCGCAGCUUCAGCUGGAAGUCGCAGCUGGUCAUCCACCGCAAGGGCCACGCCGGCCAGCGGCGCCACUGCUGUGGCGACUGCGGCCGCAGCUUCGAUUGGAAAUCCCAGCUGGUCAUCCACCGCAAGGGCCACCGGCCCGAGGCCCUGUGAGCGCUGGAGAGGCUGCCCGCGCCUGGGGCCCCGGUUCUAGUGCUCGGUGACUCCGCAUCGGUCCGGGAGACUUGGACCCACAGAGGACCCUGGAGUGAGUCAGAGCCCCAGGAGGGUCCCCUACUCCCUCCUCGCCUGCCCCCCCCCCCUUUCCGAGUGGUGGCUCCCCACCUGUGACCUGAGGCAGGUGACCACUCUCCCCAGCCCUGGGACCAGUUGGCUCUGGUGAGAAGGCCCCUUCCUGCCCUCCUGUGGCAGCUGGGCCUGAGGUCUAAAAGUAGACAAUGCAGAAAGCCCAGGAGAGCAUGGCUUGCUUUUGUUUGUAAGUGGGUGGGAGGCUAAAGUCUGUCCACUCUGCGUUUGAGGUUUUUAACACGUUCCACUUUUAUGCUGGGGAAGUUUCUGCAUAAGAAGCCUGACCUCUGGGCUCUGCUGGUCGGAUCAGGUGUGCCCCUGAGAAGGGCCAGGCCCCUCCUACCUGCCCUUGGCCACACUCCUCAUUCCCUGGCCUUGCCCUUCACGUUCCCAAGUCCCAGUCUGAAUGGAUGCUCAGGGAACUUCUUUCCAAGUUGGGAUGGACAAGCAUGGCCCUCGAGUAAAGGGGCGUCCCCACAGCCCACAUGGUUGGUCAGUCAGUCACAAAGCUCAAGGGCAGAGGGUCACUUGCGUGCUGCCUGUGGCAGUCAGUCUGGGCUCCUGGGCAGUCAUUCAGGACUUUGGUCAGUGUACUGUGUCCCUUUGCUAUGGUUGCUCUAACGAACGUGGUGGCUUGAAACAACCCAGGUGUAUUCUCUGAGGACACUGAACUGGGUCUCACGAGGCUGGAAUCAAGGUGUCAGCAGGGCUGGUUCCUCCCAAAGGCUCUCAGGGGGAAUCCACUUUAUGGCCUCUUCUCACUGUAGGGGCCACCGCAUUCCUGGGUUUGUGGCCCCUUCUCCAUCUUCAGAGCCGGCAGUGGGUGUUUAAGUCUUGUACUGUCUCCUCUGUGUAACGAGCCUCGGAAUUAUGUCUGGGGCUCACCUAGUAACCCGAGAUGAUCUCCUUGUCUCAGAGUCACAGCUUGUCCGCUCUCCACCUGCACACCUGACAUCUGCGUAUGAGGUGAUAUAUUCACAGGAUGCAGGGACAGGCCGUGGAUGUCUUUGGGGGCUGUUAUCCUGCACUCUCUGUGUCUUUUCCACUCUGAGAACAAAGAGUGCUUCCCUGGGGGGAGGGGUUUCAGGGAAACAGGCGCACCUGAGAAAGGAGCCUCUGUAGCCUCAGGCACAUGCAGGGGUGGCAGGUGGGGGUUGUGUGUGACUAUGGUUACUGGGCAGGGCUGGGGGACACCUGGGCUGGGGGUGGGGACCUUGCUGCCACUUGAAGCUGGCAGGGGGAAGCCUCCACCUAGGAGGGCCCAUUGCCUCCAUCUCCAGUCUUCUCAGGACCUAUGACCCACUGCUCCCACACUUGGGCCUGGGGACGCACAGCCGGGCUGGAGGUGGAACUGGGAAGGGGUCACCCGGUGGGCGAGCAGGGGGCGAGUGCUCAAGCUAGGCCAGGUCCCGGGGAGCUGGGGAGGAGGGUGGAAGCCAUUGAGGGCCCAACCACAGGGGGACACAAGGUGCUGAGAGAGGGUGGGCCAGCAGUUUCCUAGAUUGAAAGUUUAUGUUUGUUAGAAAGUCUGAAAUAGACAAGAGAGCAGAGAAGAUCAUGAACAGAGUCUGUAGCCCCACAGUCAGGGUGGUGGGCCCCCAAGGGUUGCACACAGGAUCUGUCUCGUGCAGCUUGUGAGGCUAUUGCGGGUGGUUUGGAGUCCUGCUCGUCUCACCCCCUCGUCUCCCAGUGAUAUUAAAUCUGCAGCAUUUCCUAAGGCCUGGGUGAGGAUGCUGUCUCUGGCCGUCCUGUCAUUUCAUCAAACCCAGAUAGUCCCUCGUCCUCCUGCCACCGCAGUGCUGUGCUGACCUCACUUGAGUGUGCGCUUUAGAUGGACUCCGGCCGUUUCCAGAGCAGGAGCAUGGGAGUUUUGUUCUUGUUUUUAAAUUUUCUUUGUUGUCUUAAAACAACACAAAUCAUAGUUCUGUAGGUCAGAAGUCAGAACAGUUGCACUAAAGUCUAGGAGCGGCUGAGCUGCAUUCCUUUUGUCAACUCCGUUAGCAUCCAUGGCUCAGCUUCGCUGGCUGUGGAGACAGUCCCCUCCCUCUCAGAGUGCAUCACCCUGACUCUCUCCUGCCUCCCUCCUCUUCCACAUCCAAGGACACUGGGACCAUUGAGAAUAACCUCCCCAUCUCAGGGUCAUCUGACAGGGCACAGGGGUUUUAAUUCUCGAUGGAUGCGCCAGCAUCUCCCAGCAACACGGGGCCUGUCUGCCUUCUCUCCAGAAGGGUCCCCAGCAGCUGAAACCUCCUGGACUCCCAUUUUCUCCUGUCCUUUUCCAUGGUGUAGGCAGAACACAGGUAUGCUCUUGUUGCUGUGGAUGCCAGGCGGGCUGUGUGCACUGUCUCCUCUCCCGCGAACACCGGUUGUGUGCAUCUCUGCUUGUCACUUCCUCAAACAUCUGGUCAUCAUGGUUUGGAUCUUCCUGUACUCAGAUCCAUCCCUGUCUAAUGUGGCUUUUCUUAGACAGCCCACCCGUGGCACUCACCCCAGCCAGCUCAGGACGGUCAGCCUGCAGGGCGGCUUCCAGAAUCUACCUCUUGGCAUUAGAAGCUGGGCCAAGCCACCCAUCUCAUGGCACCCACUCAGCCCCUCCGUCCACUGGGCUGAGGCUGGGGAGGCAUCUUCCUGCCUGAUUCCAGCUGCUUGCCCCCAACCCCCAGGCUCAUCUGAUCCUCACAACCACCUCAAGAGCCUUUCCUUCUCCUUACCUGGGCCUCCCUCCAGGCCCCUUCUUCCUCCUCAGCCACUGCUGCUGAGUUAAGCCAACUUAAGGUGACCCAGUGAUUGCAGAGUGAAAAUCUGACCUGGGUGGGUCUGACUCUGGUAGCACCUGUGGCUGUGGUGUAAAGGCAGAAGGUAAGGCCCAACACCGGUUGUGGCCUUGACACUGGAACCAGGAGAGCCUCGGAUGGCAAAUCCUUCUCCCUGCACUACUCUUGGGGGUCAGAGCCCCAAGUCCAACUGUCCUCCUUACCAAAGGGUUUAUCCCGCCAAGCCAGUCAUUCUGCUGUAGGAGCCGGGGGCCACCCAGCCUCUCAUUCAUCAAAGCCUGCCUCCCACUCUGUCUCCAAGUGCACAUGACCCUGCAUGGCACAAGAUCUCCUCCUGGGCCGUGAUUUCAUGUGUCCAGUGUCCGUGUUGUGCAUUCAGCUUCCCCCAUAACCCCAGGGCUGGUCGAACAGAAGAUGGUUGAAAGGUGGGUUCUUGGGUGCACGCUGCCCACAUUGGCAGCUGUGGUCCAAGGUGAAGACACUCUGGAGGAAGGCACCAUGCUCCAAAGUCUCUAAGCAGGGUACUGGCCUGAGGUGCGACUUUGAAGGAAGGCCAAAAACUCAGCUGUCAAGAUAGAGCAGACUUAAUACUCUAAAACACAAAAAUGAAUGCAAACAUGUCGUAAAAUGUUAAAUUUUAGUAUAGAGACUUUUAACAGCUUUAUGGAGAUAGUCAUGUACCAUGCUAUUCACCCAUUGAAAGUACGAUUCAGUGGUUCUUAGUCUGUUCCCAGAGCUACGUCUCUAUCAUCACAAAUUUAGAAUGAUUUCACACGACUCCCAAAAAGCACAUUUGUGUCAGCAGUCCUCGCCCAGCUCCUCAGUCACCAAUCUCCUUUCUGUCCCUUUGGAUCUAUCAGAGCUUCAUUCCUUUUUUGCUGCCAAGUAAUAUUCCACUUGUGCAUUUACCACAUUUUGUUUAUCUAUUCCUAAGGUGUUUGGGCAGCUUGCAUUGUUUGCACUUUUUGAAACUGUGAAUAGUGCCACUAUGAACAUGAAUUCAUGUACAGGUGUUUGUGUGGACAUCUGUUUUUAUCUCUCUUGGGCAUAAAAUUUUAUUAGAAGUGGAAUUACUGGUUGUAUAGUAACUCUACAUUUGGCCUUGUGAUGACUGUUUUCCAAAGGAUCUGCACCAUUUUACAUUCGCACUAGCAAUGUACAAGGUUCCAGUUUUUCCACAGCCUCCCCAAUACUUGUUAUUGUCUUUUUUAUUAUAACCAUGCUAAAGGUGUUACUCAAUGUUGUCUGGCUCAAAAAUCAAUAGGAGAGGCAAUGUGGAUGGAAAGGAAAGUUACUUUUAAUCAGAAUGCUGGCAGUCUGGGGUUAGGGUCCCCAAAAUACCAUCCCCGAGGAUUCUGCUCAGCCACGGAAGUUUUCAAAGAAAAAAUAGGGAAGUGAUCUCAGUUGCUCAUUGAGAUGAGGGUCAGAGUCCUCACCACCUCCCCCUGCCACGUGCAGGCUUUUCAGUUCCUUGUGAAUUUCCAUAGGUGCAAUCUUGUUCACAGUGUGUUCCCAGGAUGACUGAAGGGAGACUUAGGGAUGAGAUCUGGUCAUCUGUUAAUUACUUACUCUCCAUUUCUACUUCUUUGAUCUGCGGGAAAAGACCAAAAGGUAGGCAAGGGAUUGUGUGGUCAGAAGACAUGCAAGGUGUGCUUGGGCCAGAGAUGAGCGGGGUGUGGGGUGCCAGGUUUAAGGUCAGUGGCAGUAUAGUUCUGCUGCAGUGACCAGAAGAGGGCCUUCUCACUGGGGUGGUUUUCCUGCAAAGAGCUGCUUAUCUGGUGGCUGUUAACAGUAUCUGUAUGACGACUCAGAAAUGUGCAUCAGACUGAGUCUGUGACUCUCGCCCUUUUGUGACUCAGGGAGCUUUGGAGGCCACCUUUUCUAUAAACAAGAACAGGGGUUAGGGGGGCCCCACAGGGUCCUGCUUGGUUUCAAAGGGUAUGAAAUCUGAUAAAGAGGUUUUAUAGAAUCCACCUUUCUAAUCAUAAAUAAAUUUAGAAAUAAAAUGACAAAAACUAUUGAGGAGGGAGGGUAUACUCAGUGGUAGAGCGCGUGCUUAGCAUACACAAGGUCCUGUGUUCAAUCCCCAGUACCUCCAUUAAAUAAACAAACAAACCUAAUUACCCCCCCAAUUUUUUUUGUGACAUUAAAAAAUUGCUCAUAAUGUCCCAAUGAACUAUCAAAAAUAUCUUUUUAAAUUUCUCAUCAUGCAAAAACUAUGAGUAUUCAAUAAAGUAUCAAAAAAUAAACUAUUGACAAUUAAGAUAGUCUCCUGAAAAGAUCUCUGGGUCGAAGAAGGAAUGAGUAUUUCCCUGCUGAUGACUGUUGCCCGCUGAAAUUGCCAGAUCAAGAAUGAAACCCCAAAUCAGACUGUCUGGCUGUACAAUCUAUUUGCUGGUGUCUGUGUUCCUGGUAUCAAACAAGGAAAGGGUCUUUUUAUAUUUUAAACAGAGGUACUGGGGUUGAACCCAGGACUUAGUGCAUGCUGAGCAUGGGCUCUAGCACUGAGCUAUACCCUCCCCCUAAAUCCCAGCCCUUAAAGUUCAUGCCUACCUUGGCCACUCUCUCUCAGCCCAGGGCAUUUGUAAGAGUUACUCUCUAUUAUAGUUAAUGACUGUUUACAUCACGUGUACCCCAUGCAAACUACCACGUGCCUUCUGCCUCCUGAUUGGACACUGGCAGGUCCACGCACUACCCGCAGCCGAGACAAACAACCGUGGACAUUCAUGCAGUGAAAUACUAAGUACACAGUGACGACCAGGAGUAAGGGGUUGCCACAGGCAAACACACUGUGGAAUCUCAGACUCAGAGUCCACACUGUGUGUUUACAUGAAGUUCAAAAACAAGCAGAGCUAAUGUGUGGUUACAGUUGUGUUUACCCUCAGGGCAUGCUGCCUGGGAAAGCCCUGCUGAGUCUGGAAGUGGGCGAGGGGCUGUGUCUUUUUCUGGAGGUUGGGAGACUCUUCUGGGGUUGGACAAAGGACAGAGGUGAUGAGGUGGGGCUGCCAGUGGGCAAGAGGCCCCAGGAGUCUGCACAGCUGAGGUGGGAGACGCCCUGUUAGCCGAAAGGGCUUCGUCUCUUUGUUUCUAUGUAUUCCUUGUGCUCAACAGAGCUGGGCUUUGCUGUGUCUGUUUAAGAGCGUUUGCUCUUGUCUGGCGAGCCUGCCCUUUCUGCAUUUAUUUCUGAUAAAUCCCUCCAGAGUUACCUGGUCUCAGUUUGGGCAUUUGUUCCACGCAGUUCCUCAGUUCUGAUGCACGCUGUGCCACGUUUCAACACCUCUGGACUUGGACGUGGCUGAGGACUGAACGUGUGUCCUAGUCUCUGGUGGUGCUUGGCCUCCUGGAAAUGCCUGAGCGCCAGACCCCCGACCUGAGAGUCACCACGAGCGAGCUUGCUCUCCGGUCGUCAGGCAGCCGCCGCCAGGUUCCACUUUGUGGCCCGCCUUUUGUUCUGUGCUUCCUAUCCUGUGUUUGGGUUUUCUUCCUGGUAACUUGGAAGAUGCAGGUGGGCAUCCCUCAGUCCACUGAGGGCCUGAAUAGAACAACAGUCCUUGGAAGGAAGAAUUUCCCCCUUUUUUCCCUGUCUCACCACUUGAGCUGGGAUGUCUCAUCUCCUGCCCCCAGGCUGGGUUUACAUGAGGGGCCACCCUGGUUCUCAGGCCUUUGGAUGCGGUUGGAAUCGCACCACCGGCUUUCCUGGGCCUCCAGCUUGCGAGGGUAGACCAGAGACCACUUGGCCUCAUAGUCUCAAGAGCCCACCCCUCAUAGUAAAUCUCCUUCCAGGUAUAACCUGAUGCAUGUGCAAAACUCACUCUGCACCAGGCAUGAUUUAUCCCCUAGGCCAACAAGGGCUGCUGUUCGUGGGACCCGCUGGUCCCCCGCAUGGCUCCCCCCAUGCCCUGCUGGGACCCCUGCACCAGCAGCCCCCUCCAGAGACCCCACCUCUCACUCCUCUUCCUCUACCAGGGGGGUUUUGAGGGGAGGGAAGGCAGAGCUGGGGAGAAGUCCUGACACACAGCUAGUGCUCUGGUCUAAGUGUAUGUGUCCCCCAAAAUGCAGAUAUUGAAACCUAGUCCCCAGCAUGGCGGCAUGUGGAGCUGGGCUUUUGGGAGGUUAUUCAGGCAGGAGGGCAGAGCCGUCCUGAAUGGGACUAGUGGUGCUCUUAUAAGAGAGACCCCAGAAAGUUCCGUUGUCUUUUCCACCACAAAAGGACCCAUGGAGAAAAUGGCAUCUAUAAAUGGGAAGCAGGCUCUCACCAGACGUCCAAUCUGCCUGAACCUUGACCGUGGACUUGCCAGACUUCAGAACUGUGAGAAAUAGAUUUCUGCUGUUCAUAGGCCACUAAGUUGAUGGCAUUCUGUUAUAAUAGCCCAAACGACUUAGAAAACUAGAUAAGAAUGUUUUGAAAUGUGAGUAAAGAGAAGGAAUUCUUUAUCAGAUAUUAAAACUUGUUACAAAGCCAUGCUAAUUAGAGCAGCGUAGGACAGGAAAACACAAAAAGAUCAGCUGAAUGAAAUAAGAGUAAAACAUGUACGUGAUCUAUUGGAUAAAUAUUCAUUGAGUUUCCGGUCUGGGAGGAAAUAAGAAAAGUAAAUAGUUUUUUUUUCCAUUGAAAUGUAGUCAGUUUACAACGUUGUGUCAAUUUCUGGUGGGUGGCAUAAUGUUUCAGUCAUACAUAUAUAUACAUAUAUUCGUUUUCAUAUUCUUUUUAUUAUAGGUUACUACAAGAUAUUGAAUAUAGUUCCUUGUGCUAUACAGUAGGACCUUGUCAUUUAUCUAUUUUAUAUAUAGUAGUUAGUAUCUGAAAAUCUCAAACUCCCAAUUUGCCUCUUCCCACCCCCUUUCCCUACUGGUAACCAUAAGUUUGUUUUCCAUGUCUGUGAGUCUCUUUCUGUUUUGUAAAUAAGUUCAUCUUUUUUUUUUAAAUUCCACAUAUGAAUGAUAUCAUAUAGUAUUUUUCCUUCUCUUUCUGGCUUACUUCACUUAGAAUGAUGAUCUACAGGUCCAUCCAUGUUGCCACAGAUGGCCUUAUUUUAUUAUUUUUUAUGGCUGAAUAGUAUUCUGUUAUAUAAAUAUACCACAACUUCUUUACCCAAUCAUGUCAAUGGACAUUUAGGUUGUUUCCAUGUCUUGGCUAUUGUAAAUAGUGCCUCUAUGAACACUGGGGUGCAGGUGUCUUUUUGAAUUGGAGUUUUCUCCAGAUAGAUGUCCAGGAGUAGGAUUACUGAAUCAUGUGGUAAGUCUAUUUUUAGUCUUUUGAGGAAUCUCCAUACUAUUUUCCAUAAUGGCUGCACCAAAUGACAUUCCCACCAGCAGUGUAGGAGGGUUCUCUUUUCUCCAUACCCUCUCUAGCAUUUAUUGUUUGUGGACUUUUUAAUGGUGGCCAUUUUGACCAGUGUGAGGUGAUACCUCAUUGUAGUUUUGAUUUGCAUUUCUCUAAUAAUUAGCAAUAUUGAGCAUUUUU